UUUAGUUGGCCUUGCAAGUUCGAGGCUUAUAGGAGGCGGGAGGAGCGUUAGGGUUUUAGAGGGUGAUUUGAGAUUUGCAGAGAGUAGCCAUGAGCAGGAGCUUGGGAAUUCCAGUGAAGCUACUCCAUGAGGCCGCGGGUCACGUUGUGUCGGUGGAGCUUAAAAGCGGUGAACUUUACAGAGGAAGUAUGAUCGAGUGUGAGGAUAACUGGAACUGCCAGCUCGAAAACAUCACCUACACUGCUAAGGAUGGGAAGGUCUCGCAACUUGAGCAUGUUUUCAUCCGAGGCAGCAAAGUCAGGUUUAUGGUCAUACCAGACAUGCUGAAGAAUGCUCCAAUGUUCAAGCGUCUCGAUGCUAGAAUUAAAGGUAAGGGCGCCUCACUUGGUGUUGGCAGAGGCAGGGCUGUUGCUAUGCGAGCUAAAGCUCAAGCUGCUGGCCGUGGAGGUGCAACUGGUCGGGGUGCUGUGCCAUCUGCCCGAAGGUGAUGAAACCAUGAAUAUAGUUUGUUAUAUCCUUAGUUCAAGCCCAGAGAGCCGUUGGAAUAUUGAUCAUCAAGUUUCUUUAGUUCCGGUAUUGACAUCCUCAACAUUGAAGAAGGCUAUGUACGUUGUUCAUUUUGUUGAAAGUGGGCGAUUGACCAUUAUAUAUCUUCAACUUCAUAAUCUAAUUUUUACUUCAGGCGAUUUUAUGUUGAGAUCGAACAAUCUUUUACCCCCAUGUUCAUCUUUGUUAUGUAUGUACCGGACGUUCUUUGCACCUAUAUCACCAUUGGAGAAUUGUCUUUGUGCCAUC